AUGCCAGUUACAUCCCUGCAUUUCCUCAUUUCCAAGAUUGACCUUCUCUCUCCUGCAGGCCGGCGAGUCCCUCCAAUGCCCCGUCACGCUCUGGCGCCGACGCCCUUCGAUGACCUCCAAACGGCCACCUCGAAAUCCCAAGUUUCGACCGAGAUAGACAUUUCCCUUAAUCUGGAAUCAUGGCUUGACAAGCGGGAUGAGGAGAAUCCCUUAGGAUACCAACCUGUGGAUUCUGUACUCUUGACUCGGUCCAGUCACAUCUCGUACCUCUAUCCCCUCUUUUCUAAACUCUCGUCUGGCUUUACCUCCCUAGAUGCUAGUCGCGGGUGGAUAGUAUACUGGAUCGUCGGAGCCUUCUCGGUAUUAGAUGCGAGGCUGAAGAAGGUUGAACGGCUGAGGGCAAUCCAAACAGUCAUGUCUUGCCAACAUCCGCACGGCGGCUUCGCGGGCGGACCCGGUCAACUGGCCCAUCUUGCCUCGACAUACGCCUGCGUAGCCGGUCUUGCUAUUCUACUCGAUGGGGCAGAUCAGGAUGUUGUUGACGAAACGUGCGCCCAGAUCGAUCGAAAAAAAAUGUAUGAAUGGAUGCUCAGCCUCAAGAUGCCUGAUGGGAGUUUUGCAAUGCACCACGACGGUGAGAUCGAUGUUCGGGCCUGUUUCGGCGCCUUGACUGUGGCCACGCUCCUAAAUUUUCUCACACCGGAGCUCGUCCGGAACGUUCCCGAAUAUCUUGUCAGCUGUCAAACCUACGAAGGCGGACUGUGCAGCACCUCUCGCCCCAAUGAUUGUGUCCAGUCUGAAGGUGUCCGACCAGAAUUUCCCAGCGCGGCUGCGAUGGGAGAAGCUCAUGGAGGAUACAACUCUUGCGCCCUGGCCUGCGACUUUCUACUUGAAGGACUACCUAGCGUCUCGGGUCGGCCCAGGUUAGACUAUGAUGCGUGUCUGCGCUGGGCGGCUCAUAUGCAAGGACUGCCCAUCGAAGGAGGAGGCUUCCGAGGCCGCACCAACAAGCUCGUCGACGGUUGUUAUAGCUGGUGGUGUGCCGGUGCAUUUCCGCUUCUUCAAGCCCUCAUGUCCACAGACUUCCCUGACCAACAGGAUUCGUUCGAUCUGUUUGACCGACGGGCAUUGCAAGAGUACAUCCUCCUCAUUUCGCAAGACCUGACUCCAAAAGCCAAACAAGGGGGCCUGCGUGAUAAACCGAGCGCGGUUCCGGAUAUGUACCAUACUCACUACAUUCUAGCUGGCCUAUCCCUCGCACAGCAUUCCCAGAGACACUCCCCCCAACGAAUCGAAGAGGUUAAAGGAACCUUCAAGAGCCCGGAUUAUUCGAAAUGCAUCAUCGGGGAUUCUGAAAGUGAAGGUGAUGCGUUUGAAAGAAUGAAGGAAAUCUACUCGAGGGCAUUAGCAUGGGAGGUCCAAAAGGAUAAGGAUUUGGUGGUGGGUAUGGUCUCGAAUGAAGUGUUGCCUGUACAUCCCGUAUUGAAUAUUAAACACUCGGCUGUUGAGAAGAUGAUGAACCACUUCUACCAUCAACAGUGA